UCCCCUCCCCACCGGAAAGAAUUGGGGUUUGACUGGGGACGAGCAGGGGAUCCUACCCCGACACCGCUGGCCUGCGACUUCUCUUGUUGGUACCUGCCUGAUUCCGGGGACUCAGAUGGACCACACAUCCCCGACCUACAUGCUUGCUAACUUAACCCACUUACAUUCUGAACAACUUCUGCAGGGCUUGAAUCUUCUUCGUCAACAUCACGAACUCUGUGACAUCGUUCUUCGAGUAGGUGAUGUUAAAAUCCAUGCUCACAAAGUGGUACUUGCCAGCAUCAGCCCAUAUUUCAAAGCUAUGUUCACUGGAAACCUUUCUGAAAAAGAGAACAGUGAGGUUGAGUUUCAGUGCAUUGAUGAAACUGCUCUCCAGGCCAUUGUGGAGUAUGCUUAUACCGGGACUGUUUUUAUUUCGCAGGACACAGUUGAAUCUCUCCUUCCAGCAGCAAACCUACUCCAGAUAAAGCUUGUCCUAAAAGAAUGUUGUGCAUUUCUUGAAAGCCAGCUUGAUCCUGGUAAUUGUAUUGGAAUUUCUCGUUUUGCAGAGACAUAUGGUUGUCAUGACCUUUAUUUGGCAGCUACUAAAUACAUAUGCCAGAAUUUUGAAGCCGUUUGCCAGACUGAAGAGUUUUUUGAACUUACACAUGCUGAUUUGGAUGAAAUUGUUUCCAAUGACUGUUUGAACGUAGCUACUGAAGAGACUGUUUUUUACGCACUUGAGUCUUGGAUCAAGUAUGACGUACAAGAACGUCAGAAAUACUUAGCACAGCUACUUAACAGUGUGAGAUUACCAUUGCUGAGUGUUAAGUUUCUUACUAGACUAUAUGAAGCAAAUCAUCUUAUUCGUGAUGAUCGCACUUGUAAACAUCUUUUGAAUGAAGCCCUAAAGUACCACUUUAUGCCUGAACAUAGACUUUCUCAUCAGACAGUCCUGAUGACACGACCUCGCUGUGCUCCCAAAGUACUUUGUGCAGUAGGAGGAAAAUCUGGACUAUUUGCCUGUUUGGACAGUGUGGAGAUGUACUUUCCUCAGAAUGACUCUUGGAUUGGUUUGGCACCCCUAAACAUUCCUCGCUAUGAAUUUGGAAUAUGUGUUUUAGACCAAAAAGUGUAUGUUAUAGGUGGUAUUGAAACUAAUGUGCGUCCUGGCAUCACUAUCAGAAAACAUGAAAAUUCAGUAGAAUGCUGGAAUCCUGAUACAAAUACCUGGACUUCUCUCGAGAGAAUGAAUGAGAGCCGAAGUACCCUUGGAGUAGUAGUACUUGCAGGAGAACUUUAUGCAUUAGGUGGUUAUGAUGGACAAUCUUACUUACAAUCUGUAGAGAAGUAUAUUCCUAAAUUAAGAAAAUGGCAACAUGUGGCACCAAUGACUACAACAAGAAGUUGUUUUGCUGCAGCUGUGUUGGAUGGAAUGAUAUAUGCCAUUGGUGGGUAUGGUCCUGCCCACAUGAACAGUGUGGAGCGUUAUGAUCCAAGUAAGGACUCCUGGGAGAUGGUUGCAUCUAUGGCAGAUAAAAGGAUUCACUUUGGUGUGGGUGUCAUGCUAGGCUUUAUUUUUGUGGUGGGUGGACAUAAUGGUGUCUCACAUUUGUCAAGCAUUGAAAGAUAUGACCCUCAUCAAAAUCAAUGGACUGUGUGUAGACCAAUGAAAGAACCCAGAACAGGAGUUGGUGCUGCAGUAAUUGAUAACUACCUUUAUGUAGUCGGCGGUCACUCAGGGUCUUCCUAUCUGAAUACUGUGCAAAAAUAUGACCCUAUUUCAGAUACGUGGCUGGAUUCAGCUGGCAUGAUAUACUGUCGCUGCAACUUUGGAUUAACUGCACUUUGACAAGUGUGGAUUUGUGGAAAUAGUGUGGUAAUGAACCUUGUGCCGCAUGAAAGGAUGCCCAAUUUUCUGAAAUCCAAAAGCUACAUUACUUUCUUAUUAACUUGAAAUGGCAUGAAGACUCAAAGUUCUCUUGGGUACUCUGAACUGAUAAAGUAGCUUUGGUUGCUCUUGAUU